CUACUACUAAGUCCAUCUGAGCUUGGUCGGAUGGAAAGAGAUAAUCUAGAAAUUUGAACCUAACAUUCAUAAUUUUUAAAUUACUUUAUUGAUCACUGUAUCAUAUUCUUAGUUGUUGAUUUGGUUUUAUUAUAUUUUUUUUAUGUUCAUUAAAUUAAAUUGGAGAAAAUUGUAUUAAACAGAAUAAAUAGAAUAGAUUUGGGCUAAAAUUGUUCAUGUACUAUACGAUAUUCGCCCAGUAGCGGAGUCAGGAAUUUAUGUGUAACUAGUAAAGUUUGGAAAAUUAAAUGAAAUAGUUUCAUAAUUUUAUAAAGGUACAAAGCAAUAACUGCUGGAAAAUGGUUGUUUUCUUUGGAAACUUGUUUAUAUAGAGAACAUCGCUCUCUGCAUAUGUUUAAUUUAAUACAUUUCUUUCUCUAUUACCAACUAAAUUGAAUAAUUAAAUACAUGAUUAACAAGAAACAAGAUGUACUUUCAUCAAAUUGUCAAUCCCAAUAGCUAUAUAUCAGGUGCUAAUUUAUCAUUAGUUUCACAUAAGAUACAUAAAUUGUAAAAGGGAUGGAAGGAAAAGAAAAGGGUAGCAGCAGAGUAUGUGUAACAGGAGGAACAGGAUUUAUUGGAUCAUGGCUCAUCAUGAGGCUUCUUCAACAUGGCUACUCUGUCAACACCACUAUUAGAUCUCAUCCAGAUAGGAAGAGAGAUAUUAGCUACCUCACAAACCUAGAAGGUGCAUCAGAGAGGCUUCAAAUUUUCAAUGCUGAUAUCAAAAAUCCAGAAAGCUUUUCUGCAGCAAUUGCAGGAUGUGUGGGAGUUUUCCAUCUAGCUCAACCGAUGGAUUUUGAAGAUGAAGAAGUCGACGAAAUGAAGGUCAAAAGUGUCAUUGCAGCAACAUUGGCGAUUUUACAAGCAUGUAUCGAUUCAAAGACAGUUAAACGAGUUGUAUACACUUCUAGUGAUGUUGCUGUUUUAUUUAAUGAUAAAGGCUUAGACAUAGUAGAUGAAAGCUCUUGGAGUGAUGUUGAUUUCAUCAAAUUUGCAAAGACAAUAGUACCAUCAUAUUCAGUGUGCAAGACUUUGACAGAGAAAGCAGCAAUUGAAUUUGCAGAAAAAAAGGGACUUGAACUUGUUUCUAUACUUCCUUCUUGGGUACAUGGACCCUUCAUAACUCCUCACUGUCCCGAUACAGUUCGAAUAUUUUUGGGCAUGAUAUUUGGAAAUCGUGAAUAUGUGCUAGAGCAACAAAAACUCAUUCCUUUUGUACAUGUAAAUGAUGUGGUGAGUGCACAUAUCUUUCUUUUCGAGCAUCCAAAUGCAAAAGGGAGAUAUAUUUGUUCUUCUGCAGAGACAACAAUACAUGAACUCUCCAAAUUUCUUUCAGUCAGAUGCCCUGAAUAUCAAAUACCAAUUAUAGAAGAUUCUUUGGAGGAGAGUAGUGGCCUAAAAUAUCCCAGACUUUCAUCUAAGAAGCUUUUGGACACUGGAUUCAAGUUCAAGUAUGGACCAGAGGAAAUAUAUGAUGGAGCCAUUGAGUGUUGCAAAACAAGGGGUCUGCUCUAGUCAUUUAAUUUAGGUUCAAACCUCUAAGAUAUAUGGGUCUAUGUUUUCACAUUCUGGAACUGAAGAACACCAUGAUCUUAAUAUCUUUUUAAAGAUCCUGUAGAUGGCUUUGUGCAUUUGAUUACCAUUUACAUAUUUCGUUGAAUAAAGAAAAGGUACAAUUGUACUUCACUCCUCAUUUUUUGAGGGGGAUAGCAUCCUCCCC